GGAAGUAUGUUAGAUUUAAGCAUUGGUAUACAGCCAUUUUAUUACACUUAUACAAUACCAUACCAUAUGUUUUGCAAGAGUUAUACCAUACUGAAUGUCCCUAUACUCCAAUUAGAUAUAUAUUAUGACAAUUAUCAAUUUGUUCACAUGGUUGUUGCAAAG